ACGGACUAUGAUCCCCCGAGAUCCAGCCUAGAUAUUUAUCUCUCCUCCCCCCCCUGUUGUGGUUUAUUCCCCCAGGUCGUUGGAAUAUCUGGAUUAACGAGAGGGAAGGUGUGUAAACACUGCAAGCUCCUGACUGCGAUCCGUACCAGAUUCAGCAUACUCAACGGCAGGAUGGAUUUGAUGGUGCUUAGGAUUUUGUAGUUUUGUGAGAAGUUUGUGCUUGGAUUUGAUGUCUUGUUUGCAGCUGGGAGUUUUUAAUGUUCCUAUCUAUUUUACAAAUAGCGAGUUAAUAAUGACUUUAUUCAUCAUCAAAGUUUAUUUUGCCUUACCUAGAGCUUUGAAGAAUCACCCGCCCGAUUAAACGAUUCUCAAGAGCUGCUGCUAUUGGGCUCUGAUUUUUAAUUUAAUUUAUUUUUUAAGAUCUCGCAGCCAUAAACCAGCGCCAGCGAGGUAACUAGCCCGGGCUAGUGUCUGGCCCCUAAGCCGUUCUCGCUUGGGCGCGCGCUGCUGGUCCCAGCAACGUUUUCUCCUCUCCGCUUUUGGCUGGGACUGAACCCGGACCUUCUUCCCUCCCUUCCCCCCCCCAAACAAAAGGCGCUUUCCUCAAAGAGCCUCGUCCACGCUUUUUCUCCCUCCGCCAACCUGAAGUCUACUCCAUCGCUUCUCAUCUUCUAUCCUCGAGAGUCGACUCAACGAUAGGAACGCCUAUCUUUCUUUCUUUUCAAGCGAUAUAGUGGGCUCCUUCUGCCAAUUCCCUGCUACCUCAUGUCGGUUUAGCGCUUUUGCCCGUUUUUUGUGUCGAAGAGCACCCAACGCAUCCGGCACCAUGACUCGGGGUGAUGAAACCCUGCUUGCUGUAGCUGGCAUCCUGCAGGGUCUGGCAAAGGAUGUCCCCGACUCCGCAUCGCUGCCUUUCAACAGCUACAAGUCCAACAAUGCUACCAACGGCGAUGUGGCGAAAAUAAAUCUGCCAGGCGAAAACAGCGAUGGUAAGGCAGUUUUGGAACGGGAGUUGGAGGAUCUGAUCCGUAGGAUCGGUACUAUGCAAUGUUUUGUGCCCCCAUCCCGACGAUCUACCCGCGCAGCGAUUUCCAGUGGACAAGACACUAAUUCCCACGGGUCACCUAAACCCCUCCCCGGAUCCGAUGUGAACUAUGAAGACGAUAUACAUUUCCUACAGAACCGAGUUCAACUUCAAGCACAAGAAAUACAACUACAGAAAGAUGUAAUCUCCAGGGUUCGUGAGGAACUCAAAGAACAGGAGAAAAAUACCGAGAAAGCCCUAGGGAAGGUGAAAAAGGAGGAUGUCGGCAUAUUAGAGCGGGAACUACGCAAGCACCAACAGGCCAACGAGGCUUUCCAAAAGGCCUUACGAGAAAUUGGCGGGAUCAUCACACAAGUUGCAAAUGGAGACUUGUCUAUGAAAGUUCAGAUCCAUCCGUUAGAAAUGGACCCGGAAAUCACGACAUUUAAACGCACUAUUAAUACUAUGAUGGACCAACUCCAGGUUUUCGGGAGCGAAGUGUCAAGAGUGGCCCGGGAGGUCGGAACCGAAGGAAUCCUUGGCGGGCAAGCUCAGAUUACCGGAGUCCAUGGUAUCUGGAAAGAGCUGACGGAAAAUGUAAAUAUCAUGGCCAAGAAUCUUACAGAUCAAGUCCGAGAAAUCGCAACUGUCACGACAGCCGUCGCCCAUGGUGAUCUCAGCCAGAAGAUCGAAAGCAGAGCCAAAGGUGAAAUUUUGGAGCUUCAGCAAACCAUCAACACUAUGGUGGAUCAACUUCGUACAUUUGCUACUGAAGUUACGCGGGUCGCCCGAGACGUGGGCACUGAGGGUGUACUAGGUGGACAAGCUCAGAUUGAGGGAGUCCAAGGAAUGUGGAACGAACUUACUGUUAAUGUCAAUGCCAUGGCCGAAAAUCUUACGACCCAAGUCCGUGAUAUUGCGAUGGUAACGACGGCGGUCGCCAAGGGCGAUCUUACACAGAAAGUCCAGGCUAACUGCAAGGGUGAAAUUCUUGCUUUGAAAACAAUUAUCAAUUCCAUGGUUGACCAACUGAAGCAAUUUGCGCAAGAGGUCACAAAAAUCGCCAAGGAGGUCGGAACAGAUGGUGUCCUUGGUGGCCAGGCAACUGUUCAUGAUGUGGAAGGAACUUGGAAGGAUCUCACUGAGAAUGUUAACGGCAUGGCCAUGAACCUUACUACUCAGGUCCGCGAGAUUGCUGACGUUACCACUGCUGUCGCCAAGGGUGACUUGACAAAGAAAGUCACUGCAGACGUGAAAGGCGAAAUAUUGGAUUUGAAAAACACAAUUAACGGAAUGGUGGAUAGACUGAACACCUUCGCCUUCGAGGUCAGCAAAGUGGCGCGAGAAGUCGGCACUGAUGGCACUCUUGGCGGUCAGGCAAAGGUGGAUAACGUGGAGGGUAAAUGGAAGGAUUUGACCGAUAACGUCAACACCAUGGCUCAAAAUCUGACUUCUCAGGUGAGAGGGAUAUCUGAAGUAACCCAAGCUAUUGCCAAGGGUGAACUUGCGAAGAAGAUCGAAGUCCAUGCUCAAGGUGAGAUACUCACUUUGAAAGUGACGAUCAAUAACAUGGUGGACCGCCUUGCCAACUUCGCCCACGAGCUCAAACGAGUGGCGCGCGAUGUCGGAGUCGACGGAAAGAUGGGUGGCCAAGCCAACGUUGAAGGAAUUGCUGGUAGAUGGAAAGAGAUCACUGAGGACGUUAACACCAUGGCUGAAAACUUGACAUCUCAAGUGCGCGCUUUCGGAGAAAUCACCGAUGCAGCCACUGAUGGUGAUUUCACCAAACUAAUCACCGUGAAUGCUUCCGGCGAGAUGGACGAGCUUAAGCGGAAGAUCAAUAAGAUGGUUUCGAAUCUUCGAGAUAGUAUUCAGCGAAACACUGCCGCCAGAGAAGCAGCAGAACUUGCCAACCGCACAAAGUCCGAGUUCCUCGCAAAUAUGAGUCACGAAAUCCGAACCCCGAUGAACGGCAUCAUAGGCAUGACACAGCUGACGCUAGAUACUGACGACCUCAAGCCAUACCCGCGAGAGAUGUUGAACGUGGUGCAUAGCCUAGCCAAUAGCUUAUUGACGAUUAUUGACGAUAUCCUCGAUAUCUCCAAGAUUGAAGCGAACCGCAUGGUCAUUGAAAAGAUUCCAUUUAGCAUGAGAGGCACCGUAUUCAACGCGCUUAAAACCUUAGCUGUAAAAGCCAACGAGAAGUUCUUGAGCCUUGCGUACCAAGUGGAUAGUUCUGUUCCCGACUACGUCACUGGUGAUCCGUUCAGAUUACGUCAAAUUAUACUAAACUUGGUCGGGAACGCGAUCAAAUUUACGGAACAUGGGGAAGUCAAACUUGCUAUCAGCAGAUCGGAUCGAGAGGAAUGUAAAGAUAAUGAAUACGCGUUCGAAUUCUCCGUUUCGGAUACUGGAAUCGGAAUUGAGGAAGACAAGUUGGAUUUGAUCUUCGAUACCUUCCAGCAAGCUGACGGCUCGACGACCAGGAAGUUCGGAGGAACUGGUCUGGGGCUAUCUAUUUCUAAGAGAUUAGUGAAUCUCAUGGGUGGUGAUGUUUGGGUUACCUCUGAAUAUGGCCUCGGAAGUAGCUUCCACUUCACGUGCGUUGUAGAACUGGCAGACCAGUCUAUCAGCAUGAUUAGCGCGUCCCUCAUGCCCUACAAAAACCACCGUGUUCUGUUCAUCGACAAAGGCCAGACCGGUGGCCACGCAGAGGAAAUUACUGAAAUGCUGAAGCAGCUUGACCUAGAGCCCAUUGUUGUGAAGGAUGAAUCGCAGGUACCACCACCGGAAAUUCAGGAUCCCACAGGCAAGGAUUCUGGACAUGCUUACGACGUUAUAAUCGUCGACUCCGUCGACACCGCGCGAAAUCUGCGCACGUACGAUGAGUUUAAAUACAUACCUAUCGUUCUAUUAUGCCCUGUCGUUUCUGUCAGUCUGAAGUCAGCACUGGAUCUGGGUAUCACAUCGUACAUGACAACUCCUUGUCAGCCUAUCGAUCUAGGCAAUGGCAUGUUGCCUGCUCUUGAAGGACGUUCCACGCCAAUAACUACGGACCACACAAGAUCGUUUGAUAUUCUUUUGGCCGAGGACAACGAUGUGAACCAGAGGGUUGCCGUCAAGAUACUGGAGAAAUGCAACCAUGGCGUGACCGUUGUCAGCAAUGGCCUUCAAGCUGUGGAAGCGAUCAAGAAGCGUCGAUACGACGUCAUUUUGAUGGAUGUCCAAAUGCCUGUUAUGGGAGGAUUCGAAGCUACGGGCAAGAUCCGAGAAUAUGAAAAGAAAAACGGACUAUCACGAACGCCCAUUAUCGCUUUGACCGCACACGCGAUGCUCGGUGACCGGGAGAAAUGUAUCCAAGCCCAGAUGGAUGAAUACCUGGCUAAACCUCUGAAACAGAACCAGAUGAUUCAAACCAUCUUGAAGUGCGCAACUCUCGGUGGUUCCCUCCUGGAAAAGAGCAAGGAGCCAAGAAUGUCGAGCAGCGGCGAGCCUCCUCACCACGUCCCCAACAGCAAUGGAAUGAAAUCACUAGACACGAAGAACCAACGACCGGGGAUGGACAGUCAAGCUACAUCGGCAUCUGGUGGUCCCAAUCCGAAUCAGAAAUCUGACGUAGUGAGUACACGUCAAACCCGUGUGGCUAGUUCGUGGACUAAAGAUUAGAAGUAGCAUCUACUACGGUCAUGGACCGGCUAAGUCAGCUUUCUCCUUGGUUUUCCAGGGUAGUUCCUGCCUCCUUUCCUUUUACUCACGACUCUUUCCUCUUUCCGUUCUCGUUUUAUUUCUCUUUGCGACUUCGUUUACUUGUGUAAGACGAUUAUGGCCUCAUUUCUGCAUAUAUACUAUUCGGUUUCGCUUUUUAUAUUUCCUAGCUAUCUCUCGCUUUUGUUUUUCGCACUACUACCUCGUACCAUUGCGUUUUUAUUGUGGCCAUGCUAUCAUUGUCGUUACUACUUUAUUAUCUUUUUGGUUUCACUUUAUUCAUUUUAUUACCUUUUUUUGGGCUUUACCUUUCUUAAUAUGUCGUUGGUAUUUGUCUUUUUUUUUGAUGUUUCUUUAAAUCUCUCUUCUAUUUCCUCCCCCGUAUCUCACAUCACAUUCUUCCCGUGUUUCUGAACGAAUCUGCCCUGUUUGGCACCCCCGAUAUAGUUCCUUUUUGUUGAAUUCGUUAUCUUUGGCGUAUGGCGUAGGCAGGGUUCAAACAUAUCCUCAAUUUCGGCCGGGGAAAAACCAAGACGACCUGGGUGGUGGAGUGGAAUAGUUGCGACGGCUUAUUGAUUUUAUGUGUGUGUGUAUAGGUGUUUUCGUCUUCUGUGUGUUUCUUAAAGAAGAGUGGAGCAGCAAGCAGCAACGUGUAUUUCAUUUUCGCACACGUAGUUAUUAGUUAUAUCUGUGCGCCUUGUUUUUUUUUUUUUUUUUUCUACUGUCCCUUCUAAUUUACUUUUCAUCUUUUCUCAGUUACUAUUUAUAUUUUAACCCUCUCCCCUUGAAUCUAUUUCCGUUAUUUUUCUUUUGACCAGUGGACCCACUCGUUAAUGCUAUUUUUUUUUUUUAAAAAAAAAAAGAAAAAAAAAUAUUUGUGCCGCGGUUUUCCUCAUCGGGAAUAUCAUCAUCACCAUCGUCAUACCAUCCAAUUUCAAGUGACGGGGCAAAUUUUGGGAAAUACGUUUGAUAUCUGUGUCACAGGCGUUGCGUGGUUGUCAGUCAGCUCUUGCUAUACUUUUACCAAAAUACCCUGCUUCGUUUCCUUUUGAUGAGAAAGCCUUUUUCUCGAUUUCUUUUUCUUUCCGGGCCUUUUUUUUUUCAAAACAAAAAGAAAAAAAGAAAAAAGAAAAAAAGGCUAGGAGUUGUGGGGGAGAGGAAGAGAAUAAACAAAUCCAAAGAGUUUCAAACAUUAUUUGAAUUCCUAGCCUUCAAAACAAUAAUAAUCAAAACAAUCAACUAUCCCACCGUGUGUCCAGCGCCAAUUUAUUCCCAUGGGGAUGCGUUGAGGACGGCCAGGUUCCAAUCCUUGUGCGCCUGUUUCAGCUAUUUAUAAAGCGCCUCAAGAAUCAUAUUCGUCUGCCUGUUGCUUCCUGUUGCUGGAAUAGGAUAUAUUUAACAGCAGGUAGCGAUCGAAUAACUGGUAACUACGCAGUACUUAUUAUGAAGGACUCAAAAGCCCAAUCAACGCCCAAAGACUAGCCUGUCUGUCUGUAGGUGUGCGACGACGUCGCAAGACUGGAUUGGAUGGAGCUUGAUUCAAUGAUGAAUCCUGACGAAUCAUCCUUCUCCCGCCGUUGCAAAACGGCCAGAUCGCGGCUUGCCGAACAGCUCACCUUGAAGGGAGCUUCCAACGUGCCUGCGAUGCUGGAGCUUGAUAGGCUCUAUUUAUCUAGCAGCCUGGGAGCCUUUUUAUAUUUGAAGGCUUCUGGAGAGUCGGCGAUGCAAGGCGGAAAUCAACCCUGCCUGUCUGAGUCUAUGUUAUGAGACAUUAGAAACUAAGGUAUCGAGUGCUUUUGGAAGAUUCAUGGGGACCUAUCUGAGUAUCGCCCCCAAGGCCUCAAUAUUUACUUCUAAUUCUGUGUGACUACAUAACUUCGGCUGGCCUCUGCUGGGUUUAAUUUUUUGACAUUCUCAGAGGAGGUUCAAAUCCCGGACACACAUAUAUUUUUUACGGUAUCAUUCCCUACUAAGUGCUCUUCUUCCAAAAGACUUGCAAUUCAUACCCAGUGUCAGAUCAAUGUUGAACUUCAUAGAAACGUUCCGCGGUUUCGUGACCAGGACUCCCCCCGUUGCCUACACCACCACCCAAGACUAUACAGGAAUCCUAUUUCCUCACCCGGAUACCCCCUGAAAUCCGCGUUCUAAUCUACAAACUCAACUUCGGCCGCGAUACAAUCCACCUCUUGCACAACAAGGGCCGUAUCAGUCAUAUCCGCAUACCCUCUACGAAGCCGAACUAGGCGCAACGAAUAUGAUCAUUUUUACUUUCAAUGCUCAGUCGACAGGUUGCAGGUCGCAGGUCUCCAGCCUUCCUCCUAACAUGCCACCAAAUCCACAAUAGGCCGCCCCUCUCUUCUACUCCACGCCUGUCUUCCAGGAGACAUGGAAUCCAUUCGCCAAGCUCAUCGGGCCGGAGAACCUGUUCACAUGUCAGAUUCCUCCGGGCGCCACCCACCCGUCCACCUCUAGCUGGCGUAGAGUUGCUCCGGACCGCCCGCUUCCACCAUCAGUAGCAGGGGGAGCCAACCAAAGACAGUGGUGGGACCGAUGCUGUGGGCCUCGUCGGUGGCGGCGGAUAGUAGCUACAACAAGGACGAGGAGAGGAACGUCUAUGAUGAGUUCUGCGAUAUAUUGGCGACGAAAAUGUAUGGACUAAGGGUUCCUCAUGCUUGUUCUGGUGUCGCUGCCUGCUGGCCCGGUUCGGUCGCUGGACGCUGAGUGGCAUCGUCCCAUCCGGCGCCUGAGGGGACUGAUGGAGUUUUCGCUUGAGAUACGGAAUGAGUCUGAUGCGGAGGCUGAGGAUACGGAGGCCUUGGUAAGGUUUUUUUGAGGGAGACGGUUUGUACGCGGAGACAGAGGAGGGGGAGGGGGUUGUGUUGAAGUAAUUCGGACUGGGUUGUUGCCCGUCCGUCCGAAGGGGAGCGGAGGCAAGGGAGGAGAGUGCUUAGAUGUAAUGUACUAGUGAAACUGCGCCUGUACUCUCCUUCGAUAACUAUAUGAUAAUUCCUCAUUGUUACAUCGCGUGUGGUUUUAAGAGGUUCUUGAGGCUAGCCUUCCUUCUAAUUUAAGCAUAUUUAUUUUGCUUAUAAUAAAGUAAGAUCCUAAUCUGAUACUAUCCCUCGAUAAAACAUGUAGGUUAAUGAAUAUAUCAAGUUCAUCCUGUCAUAAGAAAAAAGAAAAG